AUUGUUACUGUACAUCUCCAACUUUCGUGUAGUUUUCAAUUUAAGCACAAUCUAUAAAACGUGACAUCACAUAUAUAUCAAUGUUUCAUUUUGUGGCAUUUACAGUUUAAGUGUCUAAUUAUAUGAUAUCAUUUUGGUCAUUCACACGGUAAAAAAUGACAUCAAUUUUACAAAAAAUAAUACAUAAAACGUAAACCGGAAUAUAAGAUGAAAAGUUUUAAAAAUAUUGAAAUACGAAGUGAAACGUUUUUUUAAAUUAUGUUUAAAUCGAGAAAAAAAAACGCUAAAGGUGGAGAUAUAUAAAUGACAAUCCCUUCAAUUUAAGAGUGUUUAUAUUAUAAAAACCAAAAGUAAAAACCUUUCCGUAGCUAUUAAAAUAUUAAAAAGGAAAAAGAGUCAAAUAAACCCUUUACGUUUAUCUUAUGGAUCAAAUAGACCCUCAACGUUCAGAAAAGUGGAACGAGGACCCUAACGUUUUUAAAUAUCAUCUAAGCCCUCUUUAGGGGUCUUUAUUGAUACGAUUUAACAAAUAUUAGGGUCCCAGUGACCCCUAAGGAGAGAUAAGAUGAUAUAAUUUUAAAACAUUAGGAGUUCAUUUGAAAAUUUUCUAACUUUAAGGACCUACUUGAUCCAUAGACUAAACGUUAAGGUCUUAUUUGGCCCUUUUCCUUAUAAAAAAAGAUGACCCCUUGAAAUUAAAAGCGGGAAAAUUAUAACGUCACAGCAGGAAGUUGGACAGUAAAAGGGUGUUUUUAGGCUUUUUCAUCAACCUACUCAUUAAUCUGAAAAAUGUUUAUUUGGAUUUUGCAAAACAAAAUUGAUAAUUACUAAACCCUAACCCCUAAUCAAACAUUGAGGCCAUUACAAUAUUCAUGGAUACGAGCUUGCCAUUGAUCAAGCAGGGACAUUCGGGUGAUUCUAAUGUCAGUAGUGAUGGUGUGGAUAGGAUCAGCAAGUUACCUGAUGAAGUUCUAAGUCACAUUCUUUCAUAUUUAACUACCAAACAAGCCGUUGCCACCAGCAUUUUGUCUAAAAGAUGGGAAUACCUCUGGACAUUUACUACAAAUCUUGAUUUUUCUGAUCAGAUUCCUUAUAAUUUCCUGGACGAAAAUGAAUGGGGCACUAAGUUGAGGUCCUUCAAGGAUUUUGUGGAUAGAGUCAUCUUUUAUCAUGGAGAGUCGACUAUUCAGAAAUGUCAUCUUCAUACUCGUCAACUUUACUCUAAUAUUUAUCCAUGGGUUUGUGCUGUAAUAACUUGCAAUGUCCAAGAAUUGAGUAUUCAAGGCUGUUCCUUUGCUUUUCAACAACUUCCUUGGAGACUAUUUGCUUGCAAAACAUUGGUUGUUUUGAAAAUUAGGGGAAAGUUUAUGCUAGAUUUACCCACUCGUAUUUGUUACCCAUUUCUUAAAAUCCUGAGUCUUAAUGGUGUUGUGUAUAUGAGUGAUGCCUCUAUGGAUAGGCUCUUUUCUGGCUGCCCUGUUCUUGAAGAGCUAGAGAUUAUAAGACGAACGGAGGAUGGUGUACAAAUUAUGAAAAUUAAUACACCUUCAUUGAAAAAGUUGACCAUUCAUUACAAGGUUGGUCAUUCUGAAAAUGAGCAUAAGACUCAGCUGAAUACUCCAUUUCUUGAAUAUCUCAAAUUUAGUGGAAAAUCAGGUGGCUAUUCUAUGAAUUGUUCCUCUUCCCUUGUUGAGGCACAUAUUUACGGCGGAUGUGAUUUAGACCUUCUUAAUGGAAUCUCCAAAGUUCAGCAUCUAGUUUUGAAUGGACAAAUUAUGCAGGAUCUGCUUAUUAUUAUUGGCUAUCAUGGAUUGCCUAAAUUCAACAAUCUUAAGAAGAUAGAGUUGAAUGUUGAUAAUCCACUUGAUUGGGAAGUGCUACCAGAUUUGCUGGAGUGCUCUCCAAAUUUACAAGUUCUCGUCUUUCCUGAGGGACUUGCUGUGAUGCCUGAAGAAUGUGCUAAUGAUUAUUGCCAUUUACAAUGGUAUCGGCCAGACUGCAUGCCUGAAUGUUUGCUUUACCAUCUAAAGACAGUUGAAAUUUUCAAGUUUGCGGGACAGCCAUGCGAUCUUGAUAUUGUGCGCUUUCUGCUGAAAUAUGGUGAAGUAUUGGAGUGCAUGAAUAUUCACUGUUUCGAUUGUAGUACAAGGCCAAUAAUGCGGAAGGAAUUGGACGGGGCUAUAAGCGAGGUUUCCAACUUCAAAAGAUGUUCUAGCGCUUGCAAACUUGCUUUCUUUGCUUAAUGAAGUGCCUUUCUGAAAGUUGUAGUGAAGCAUAUCUAUGUUUUUACGCUCCAUGUAUCCUCGGCUUUCUAUUUUCUGCUCUUGUGCUGUACAAGAAUUUGCCUUGUAAGUUGUCAUAUGUUGCAGUAUGUGGUCAUUGUAAGUUAGUAUGAUUGAGUAGAGCAUCUUGUGAAGUGAAUAUGGUUUAAAAUCAAGUGUUAUAUGCCAUGAUUUUCUUUGGCGAUUA